UGCGUCAUGGCGGAGGCCGGAUGGUGUAGGAUAUACAGCUGAAAUAUGCCUGUUAUCGCAACCUUUUCUCCAGUACAUGGAAUACGAGAAAAUGUUUUGCAUCUAAACACAAGACUAUCUUGACCGCGGAGGGAGAAAUCUCAGGAACUCUUGUCUCAGAAUAAACUAAAAGUGUUUUGUGGAGCUCUUGAGCGUUAGCGGUUCUCACCAAAAAGAGAGUCGGACAGCAGUGCACGGGCAGACAGGCAAGCUGGUCUGUGAAGUGCCACACACAGACUGUAAUCUCAUCUUGGACUGAUCUUUAAUAUCUGAUCCACUGAGAUGGAUGGACGCAGUGAGGAUGAAAGUGUCACCAACAGUACCGGAGAGUCCAGUAACUCAGAUGAUGAGUCUGGGUCAGGAUCGGGCUCUGGCUCCAGCUCAAGCAGUAGCAGCUCCAGCAGUAGCCAGUCAGAGAGCAGUGACUCAGGAAGUGGCUCAGAUUCCGGAAGCCAAUCAGACUCUGACUCUGAGAAAUCCAAGGAAAAAAAUGAUCAGGACAACAAAAUUGAUGGAGCAGCGUUUUGGAAGUCCAACCCCAGUAUCUUGACAGUGCAAAGGUCAGCCAUGCUCAGGAAACAGCUACAACAAGAGCAACUCCAGCAGCAGCAGAGCUCCUCAAACAGCGGCUCAGAUGAGGACUCUUCCAGUAGUGAUGACUCAGAUGAUGACUCAAAAAGCAAGAGUAAAGAGUCUGGAUCAGACUCUGAUUCGGGUUCGGACUCUCGCUCUGGUUCGGGAAGUGGCUCGUCGGGCUCCUCAGCAGAGGAGGGGAACAGUGAUGAGUCUGUGUCAGACUAUGAGCCCAGUCAAAAAGUCAAAAGCAGAAAACCUCCAAACAAGGCCAGUACUAGGAAUGGGAAGAAGAGCAAAGCUUCAAAGAAGAAGCCCUCCCUCUCCUCAGAUGAAGAGGAUGAUUAUAAGAAGGCCCUAGCAGGACCUCGGCGGCAGGCCACCGUCAACGUGAGCUACAAAGAAGACGAGGAGCUGAAAACUGAUUCUGAUGACUUGGUGGAGGUGUGUGGAGAGGAUGUGCCGCCACCAGAGGAAGACGAGUUUGAUACACUGGAGAGAGUGAUGGAAAUGAGGAUGGGAUGGAAAGGAGCAACGGGGGCUGUGACCACAGUUUAUGCCGUAGAGGCAGACGGAGACCCCAAUGCCAACUUUGACCCAAACAGGCAGCCAGGAGAGGUGCAAUACUUGAUCAAAUGGAAGAAUUGGUCUCACAUUCACAACACCUGGGAAACAGAGGAGACUCUCAAACAACAAAAUGUGAAGGGCAUGAAGAAACUGGACAACUUCAAGAAGAAAGAGCAGGAGAAGAAGAAAUGGCUCAAAACUGCUUCACCUGAGGAUGUGGAAUACUUAAACUGUCAGCAGGAACUCAUGGAUGACCUGCAUUCACAGUAUCAACUUGUGGAAAGAAUCAUUGGACAUUCAAAUCAGAAGUCAGCUGCAGGUUAUCCAGACUACCUGUGUAAAUGGCAGGGGCUGCCAUACUUUGAAUGCAGCUGGGAAGACGGAGCUCUUAUUGCCAGAAAGUUUCAGAAGUGCAUUGAUGAAUACAUGAGCCGAAAUCAGUGCAAAACCACCCCCUCCAGAGAUUGCAAGGUUUUAAAACAGAGACCACGGUUUGUGCCAAUGAAGAAACAGCCUCACUAUAUUGGUGCAGACGGCCUAGAACUGCGGGACUAUCAGUUGGACAGUCUGAACUGGAUGGCCCAUUCUUGGUGCAAAGGGAACAGUUGUAUCCUAGCAGAUGAGAUGGGUCUGGGAAAAACCAUACAGACCAUCAGCUUCCUCAAUUACCUGUUCCAUGAACACCAACUGUAUGGGCCCUUCCUGCUGGUGGUGCCUCUGUCCACCCUCACAUCUUGGCAGAGAGAAAUCCAAUUGUGGGCUCCUCAGAUGAAUGUUGUUGUCUACCUGGGUGACAUCAACAGCAGAAACAUGAUCCGGACACAUGAAUGGAUGCAUCCGCAAACCAAGCGGCUGAAAUUCAACAUCCUGCUUACUACAUAUGAAAUUCUCCUGAAGGAUAAGUCAUUUUUAGGAAACGUAAGCUGGGCAUUCAUUGGUGUGGAUGAGGCCCAUCGGCUCAAGAAUGAUGACUCACUCCUCUAUAAGACCAUGAUGGAGUUCAAGUCCAACCACAGGCUCCUGAUCACUGGCACACCCCUGCAGAACUCCCUCAAAGAGCUCUGGUCUUUACUGCAUUUCAUAAUGCCUGAGAAGUUUCACUCGUGGGAGCUGUUUGAAGAGGAUCAUGGAAAAGGUAGAGACUCUGGUUACACCAGCCUUCAUAAAGAGCUGGAGCCCUUCUUACUGCGCAGGGUAAAGAAGGAUGUGGAGAAAUCUCUGCCCGCCAAGGUGGAGCAAAUCCUCAGGGUGGAGAUGAGUGCCAUUCAGAAGCAAUACUACAAGUGGAUAUUGACAAGGAACUAUAAAGCCCUUAGUAAAGGCACUAAAGGAAGCACGUCGGGCUUCCUCAACAUCAUGAUGGAGCUGAAGAAAUGCUGUAAUCACUGCUACCUCAUUAAACCACCCGAGGACAACGAGUUCUAUAACAAACAAGAAGGCCUACAGCAUCUGAUUCGCAGCAGUGGAAAGCUGAUUCUUCUUGACAAACUGCUUGUACGGCUGAAGGAACGAGGCCACCGCGUGCUCAUAUUCUCCCAGAUGGUCCGGAUGCUGGACAUCCUGGCCGAGUACCUGAAGUACCGUCAGUUCUUAUUCCAGAGACUGGACGGUUCCAUAAAGGGUGAGAUGAGGAAGCAAGCGUUAGAUCAUUUCAAUGCAGAUGGCUCAGAGGACUUCUGCUUCCUGUUGUCCACUCGAGCAGGUGGUCUUGGCAUUAAUUUGGCCUCUGCGGAUACAGUGGUUAUUUUUGACUCGGACUGGAACCCUCAGAAUGACCUGCAGGCGCAGGCCAGAGCUCAUAGGAUUGGACAGAAAAAACAGGUGAAUAUAUACCGUCUGGUGACAAAGGGCUCAGUAGAGGAGGAAAUUAUUGAAAGAGCCAAAAAGAAGAUGGUGUUGGACCACCUCGUGAUUCAGAGGAUGGACACCACUGGGAAGACGGUCCUUCAUACGGGUGCUGCGCCUUCCAGUUCCACUCCGUUCAACAAGGAGGAGCUGUCGGCCAUUCUGAAGUUUGGUGCUGAAGAACUCUUUAAAGAGCAGGAAGGAGAAGAGCAGGAACCUCAGGAGAUGGAUAUAGAUGAAAUCCUGAAGAGAGCAGAGACCAGGGAGAAUGACCCUGGACCAUCGAAUGUGGGAGAGGAGCUCCUCUCACAGUUCAAGGUGGCGAACUUCUCCAUGAUGGAUGACGAGGAGAUUGAAAUGGACACGGAUAGGAAUGAUAAGAACUGGGAUGAUAUUAUUCCAGAGGAGCAGCGAAGGAGACUCGAGGAGGAGGAACGACAGAAGGAGCUUGCAGAGAUUUAUUUACUGCCCCGCAUGAGGAAAUGUGCUAAACAGAUCAACUUUAAUGGUAACGAAGGCAGACGCAGCCGGAACAGGCGAUACUCUGGUUCAGACAGCGAUUCUGUCUCAGACAGAAAACGGCCCAAGAAACGGGGAAGACCUCGAACCAUUCCAAGAGAGAACAUUAAGGGCUUCACCGAUGCUGAGAUACGCAGAUUUAUCAAGAGUUACAAAAAAUUUGGUGGCCCAUUAGAAAGGCUUGAUGCUAUAGCACGAGAUGCUGAGCUUGUGGAUAAAUCAGAACAUGAUCUGCGUCGGCUGGCUGAGACCGUACACAAUGGCUGUCUGAAAACCCUGAGGGAGAACCCCUGUGGACCGGAGAAAACCUCAGGUGGCAGACGAGGAAAGGUGAAAGGACCCACCUUCAGGAUCUCAGGGGUCCAGGUUAACGCUAAACUGGUGAUUUCUCAUGAGGAGGAGCUGGCACCAUUACACAAAGCUAUUCCUGCCGACCCUGAGGAGAGGAAGAGGUAUAUAAUCCCAUGCCACUCAAAGGCAGCUCAUUUUGACAUUGAGUGGGGUAAAGAGGAUGAUUCCAGCCUGCUCAUCGGGAUCUAUGAGUACGGAUACGGCAGCUGGGAAAUGAUCAAGAUGGACCCAGACCUCAACCUCACACAUAAGCUUCUACCAGAUGAUCCUGACAAGAAGCCACAGGCCAAACAGCUUCAGACAAGAGCCGACUACCUCAUCAAAUUACUGAGUAAAGACCUGGCCAAGAAGGAAGCACAGAAACAAGCUGGCAUGGCAAAUUCACGGAAGAGGAAACCACGAGGCAAGAAGAAUAAAGCUGUGAAACCAAAGGUGGAUGAGGUUACGAACAGUCUGUCUUCAGUGCCUCCCUCAGAUAAGAGCUCUGAAGAUGAGGAUGAGAAAGAGGAAGAAGAAAAGGAAACACCUCCUGUGAAGCCACCCAAUAGAAAGGGACGGGCCACAGAGCGGGUGGUAAAGGAGGAAGAGGAGUCUGAGGAGGAGCCACCUCAGGUUAAUGAGUUGGAAGAGAAGGAAAUAAAGGAAAAGGUGGUGAAAAAAGAAAUCAAGAAGGAGAAAAAAGAGGAGAGCCGUGACAGCAAAGAGAAAGAACCAAAAGAGAAAAAGGAAAUCAAGCUGGAGCCUGUGCACAGAGAGGAAGAGUCCCCUGCAGAGAAGGCUCCAGAGGUGAAAACAGAAGUGUGGGAAAAGAAAGCUGAUACUCCCAUGCACACACAGGCAGGAGGAGAGAGUAUUCCAGCUUCUGAGGAGUCUGAAGAGCUGGACCAGAAGACUUUUAGUGUGUGCAAGGAGCGCAUGAGGCCAGUGAAGGCGGCGCUGAAGCAGUUGGAUCGUCCAGAGAAGGGUCUGUCUGAGCGAGAGCAGCUGGAACACACACGCCAAUGCCUGAUCAAAAUAGGAGACCACAUCACAGAGUGUCUGCAGGAAUACACCAACCCUGAGCAGAUCAAACAGUGGAGGAAAAAUCUUUGGAUAUUUGUUUCCAAAUUCACUGAAUUUGAUGCAAGAAAACUGCAUAAACUGUAUAAGCAUGCAAUCAAGAAAAGACAAGAAAUUGCUCAGGCAGUGGAGCAGAACACUUGCACUGUAAAUACACAAAGCUUAAAACACACAGAUAUUGAACGGAUGAAGGAGUCACAGCAGGACGACAGCAGCAGAGACAGCUACAGCUCAGACAGACACCACCCAUCAUCUCGCUACCAAGAACACAGCAAAGAUCGCCACCCCGGUGAUUCAUACAGGAAGAGCUCCGACUCCAGGAAGAGACCCUACUCCUCCUUCAGCAAUGGCAAAGAACACAGAGAGCGAGAGAGAGAUCACUACAGAGAGAGAGGAGAGCGACAGGACAGCAGUUUGAAAUGCCCAAUUCCCAAUACACUCUAAGUCCUUGUGGUGGUGUAGUGACUCGCCUCAAUCCAGGUGGCGGAGGACGAAUCUCCGUUGCCUCCGCGUCUGAGGCCGUCAACCCGCGCAUCUUAUCACGUGGCUUGAGCGCGUUACCGCAGAGACAUAGCGCAUGUGGAGGCUUCACGGCAUCCACGCACAACUCACCACGCGCCCCACCAAGAGCGAACCACAUUAUAGCGACCACGUGGAGGUUACCCCAUGUGACUCUACCCUCCCUAGCAACCGGGCCAAUUUGGUUGCUUAGGAGACCUGGUUGGAGUCACUCAGAACACCCUGGGAUUCGAACUCGCGAACUUCAGGGGUGGUAGUCAGCGUCUUUACUUGCUGAGCUACCCAGGCCCCCCAUACAGCCAUUGUUGUAAAAUUAUUUUUGCGCUAAGAAGUAUGAACGGGUCCUGUCAUCGCAAUGCUGGAGAGCAAAUUUGCAAUCUUAGAGUUGUAGCAUUAUCAAAAAGGUUCAAUAUUGCAGCUUUGUGUGGACAAUAAAGAAAAAUUUAAUGGUUGAAGCAUGUAUGAAGUUAUGAUAUGUUUGCUGUAAAAGACAUCAAAAGUUUGCAGUAAACAGUUCAAUCACACAGCCGUGAAGGAUAUGACACAAUUAUACAUCUGUUACUUGAAGACUUUUGUGACAUGGUAGUCGAAAAUCUAUUAAGCCAUUUGGUCAUAUAAAGGGUUAAUUACUAUGCAAAAGCCUUAAAGAGCAUUAUAUUUUUCACAAAAAAUUAUUUGUAAGUGUAUCAGUAGGAAAUAUACAUUUUAGAUUUCAACAUUCCCAUAAAAAUAGUCUUGAAUAGAAGAACACAAGAAACCCUACAACAGAUUGUAUGGCCCCCACAGAGCCAGAAUCAACAUCUUUGAGUCAGUCUGGGAUUACAUGGAGACAGAAGCAACUGAGACAGCCUAAAUAGAUAGAAGAACUGUGGCAAGUUCUCUUGGAACAUCCUAUCUGCCAGCAAUCAAGAAAAACUGUGUCCAGCUGUACCUAGAAGAAUUUAUGCAAAGGGUUGUUGCUGAAUGAUUUAGCUUUUUUGUUUACCGGGCUUUGUAUGAUGUUAAUUGAUAAAUUAAAAUUAUUACAUUAUUUUAGAAGACAUCUCGCUAUGCUUCAUUUUCAACAAGUGCCUAAAAAUUUUGCACAGUACUAUACACAGUAUAUACUGUAUGUGGAUAUUCGCACAGAUGGGGAGGGGGUUUCGGCUUGUCGAUUAGCCUACACAUCCAUGUAAAUGAUUUGGUAAACUUUAACAUUAUGUGAAUAAGCAUUUUCUUUGGCCAAUUGCAUCCUUGAUUACAGCAGCACAAGCAAAGGGUCAUCGUACUACAGUUCAAACCAGUAAGGCUUGGCAAAGAAUUGCAUCUCUCCUUCUACUUUUUAACUCUUCAGACAUGUUUUGUAAGUUCUGUUCUCUGGUUUGUGUGAAGGUGUUGUUUUUUCUGUUCUUAAUAUCACUGGUGGGUCCGGCUGAAGUGAAACAAAGUAGUUUCUCGCUUGAACGCCCCAUUUCGCAAGCGGGGGCUGUGUAUUCUGUUGCUUUCAUGCACUCAUAUAACAGUAUUAUGUUUGGAAAGGUUUACAAAGUGCUUUAGGCAUACAGGAAAUAAUACUUAACUGAGAAUAGCCAGUACUUGCAAACUACUUGCAAGUACUAUAGCCAGUACUUGCACACACAAAAAAUGCAAACUAAUAUUUAUUUAUUUUUUAGUUGGUAUUGUUUAGAAUCAGGCAAAAUUACAGAAGCAACCAAUUGCUUUAUCAAGUGCAUAUCUGAACUGUAAACCUGGGCAGUAAUAUUUACAAAUUAUUAUUAUUUUGAUAAAUUAAUUUUCAGAAUUCUUAAAAUGAAUGAGAAAAUUAUGUUUGACAGUAUGGCAUACAGUGGACCCUUUUCACACUUCUGGGUUUUGUAAUGUGGAAGUAAACGAUUGCAGGGUAAACUCCAAUAUCAGUGAAUGGGAGAUCACGCUAAAUGUAAUUUUUGCAGUGGAUUACAUCAGUCAGAAGAGUGAAAGAGCCCAAAUAUUUUCACUCCCUCAGCUGCUGUAUUAGAAACCUCAUUGCAGCUGUGGUAACUUGUUUUUAAAAUGUAUUCCUAGGUAAUAUUCCAAAAGUAUAAUAUAUUAAAUUUAUACUAAAUAAUAAAAAAAUUGUUAAUAUAAAAAAGCUUGCUAGAUUUAUGCUGCUGAAGGUGGAAACAAGUCUGUGAAAAGGGUCUAUUUACAAUCACAUAUAUCAUGGAUACGUUAAAGAAACCGUGCAAUGACUCUCGUCUAUGUGCACUCAACCACAACACUUGCUCGCUAACCUGUGGUAGUUCUCAAAGAGAUAGUACCACUAAUGUAAUGAAAACAAUAAUCAUGUAACAAAAUGUAUAAUUAAUGUGUUAAUAUGUAAAAAAAAAAAAAAAAAUUAAAAACAAUUAUAUUUAAAGCGCAAUCAUAUGUGUUGAACAUUUUUAACUUAAAGUAACACUAAGUUUUAAAGAAUUGAACAAGUAGGCCUCUACAAUAAUUGGAAUGAAUUUUAUGGUUUGGUCAAAGGAAUAGGGACAUUUUUCAAAAACAGAAUAACAUAAAAUAACACAUGUUAAUAUUUACACAUUAAAAAGCACUAAUAUUACACUGUAGUGCUUUUAAGUGUUCUUCAUGCUGUCGGACAUACCACCAUGUCACCCUUUUCACCUGUGCUGUGUUUGAUCGUAUGAUAUAUCAGUGUUGGGUUCGAGUCUACCUUUGUCAAAUAUUUAACCAAUCGAGUACGAGUCCAAAGUGGGCAGAGUCCGAUUGAACCUGUUCAUGAAUCUUAAUUUCAAUUGUAACUGAUAACUCAAUAUUAAGGUACUGUGUCAAUAUUUUAAGCUUAUGUUAACCACAACUAACAAAAACAAUGUGUCAAUAUAAAUGUAACAAACAUACCUCUGUUGCAUUUCAUGUCAGUAUCUCAUAUCCUGCUGAAUAGAAUCCAAAAUGGUUUCCGAAAAAAAGCAUAUACUAUAAGUGCAUGAAGACAAAACUCAAUGAACUGUUCUUUUACGUAUUUAAUGACAAAUGAACACCAUGGAUCUCAUCUUUGAACACAUUACAUUGAACCAAAAGAGUUAAACCAAAUUUUUACUCUCAACACUCAUAGACUCUCAGCGUGCCUAGCUUCGCAUAGAGUAAAAGAUCAAUAUAGGUAUUGUUCAAAUGAAGAUUGCGAUUAUUUUAAACCAUACAUUUUGUUAGGUUUAUGGCAAAAUCUUGCUAAUCUUGAAAAUUUAUUUGAUUUUCAAUGCCCAUAAUCCAUUUCACUGCCCAUAAUAUCCUAAUAUUUUAUUGUGCAUAUUUGAAUGUUCUGAAUAGUGGAAAUAUGCUGGAAAAGAAUUUUAAACAGAUUGUCAAUGCUUUGAAGAUGCAGUAAAAGUGCUGUUUUAUUUAGUCAGUUUAGAGCUGCUGUUUGCAUUAGCAAUAAUGAUUUACCGACUUUUUAAAAAGUUAAACAGUUAAUAAAUAAAUCUAAUAUGGACCUCCCAGAUGGGGCUUUAAGUUCAAGCUGGCAACACUGCGUGGACCGCAAGAGACAUAAUCUAUAUGUGAAUACAGUACGCCUAAAAAGACUUAAAAGCCUAAUAUUAGUGCUAUUUUGUAUUUAAUUUUUUUGUGAUGUUGAUUUUAGUAAAUAUUGAGAGACAUGUUGGUCAGGCCUCAGGGGCUGUAGGGGCUUAGAGAAACAUUUAGGGGCACAGUCAGUUUUUUUUUUUUUUUUUUAAACAAAUCUUUAAUGUGGCUCGAGUGUCACAUUUUUAAGACACCCGCCAUUUACUGAAAUGUAAAAACAUUGAUAGAUCAUUCAAAAUGCUUUUUGGGCAGGAAACUACUUAAACCAUAUUAAUGUGGCUUCACUCACUCUUGGUGUGCAUGCACGUGUGUGAGAGAAAGCUCUCAUGGAAAACAGUCAUGAAACAACCUUACACAAGGACUUUAAAUAAUUUUUUAUAUGAGGUUAGAUUUAUUUAUGAGUUUAUUUUUUUUUUCUGACGGUACUAUAAUUAGUUUGUAAGUUUAGGUGACAUUCGCCACCCAAAUAAUUUUUCACAUACACUCAGUAAUUUUCACUCGCAGAUGUGAGUGAAAUGUUCACACUGCAGAGCCCUGAUGUGGGUGACUUGGCACUAUUAAUUUCUUGAUUGUAACAACAACACUGUUCACUCCUGAAACUGCGAAGCGAGUACUGCCUUAGUAUUAGGAUUAGUUCACCCAAAAAUGAAAAUGUUCUCGUUAUUCACUUACCCUGAUGCCAUCCCAGAUGUGUAUAACUGUCUUUCUUUAGCAGAACACAAAUUGAAAUUGAGAAAAUUGUUGGAGCUCUGUAGGUCCUUAUAAUGUAAGUUAACAGGUCUAAAAGGCAUAUUUAGGCAGCAUAAAAAUAAUCCACACAAUUUAAGUCGAUCAAUUAAGGUCUUCUGAAGUUAAGCGCUAUGGCACGUUCAUGCGAGAAGUCGGAAGCACGCUUUGUAUGCAAGAGUUAGUUCAUUUCAAACAGCAUCCCAGCGCUGGCCGGAAGCAACGAUGUAAAGUUAAAAACGUUUUAAUUAUCUAUUUGUUUCUUACACCACCCUAUCGAUUUGCUUCAAAAGACAUUAAUUGAUCGACUGGGGUUGUGUGGAUUACUUUUAUGCUGCCUAAAUAUGCCUUUUGGACCAUCAAAUAGCCAGCAGCCUGAUGGCACCCGUUUACUUACAUUAUAAGAAUGGCUGCAACUAACGAUUAUUUUGAUAAUCGACUAAUCUAAUGAUUAUUAGAACGAUUAUUCGACUAUUCGGGCGAUUAUUGCAACGAUUAAUCAUUAGCUCUAAACCGACUAUUCAGUUUGUGCCCCGACUUAAAAGGUUGUAUUAAACAUGCUUGCGAACAAUAAAGAGGACAAAAUCAUCUUUUAAAAAUACCUCUAAAUGACAUUCACUGAAUUCAAGGGAAAAAAUACUUUUUGUGUUUAAUUCAGUAAAAAUUUCACUACAAAAAAAUACUAUUGUUAUCAAGUGUAUUUGUCUUUUUCCAUUUAAAAUUCCUUAAAACAAGUUACAUUUACUUGAAGUAACAUAAGAUAUUUAGACUGGCUUUAAGAGAAUGUACCUUAAAUAAGUGUGUUUUUUAUACAAGUGUAUUUUUUCACUUGGUUAUACUUCUGCAAGUGCAGUAAAGACAAAAUACACUUGUAUUUAAGAUCUAUUCUCUAAAAGCAAGUCUAAAUAUCUUAUAUGCUGCUUCUCAGGUGAAUGCAUCUUUUAUAAAAGGAUUUUUAGAUAUUUUAAAAUAUUAGUAUUUUUAAUAGUAUAUUCAACAUUCUCAGAUUUAAAAAAAAUAAAUAUUCUUCUGCAGUAUAGCUGCUAAAGUAAAUGUACGUUGUUUUAAAUGAGUUUUAGAUAUUUAUAUUGGAAAACAAGCCAAAACAAAAACAAAUAAUGUAUUUUGUUGCAGUGUGUAAUGGGGCGAAGACUACCCUCUCUCACCUUUUUGUUCACUUAAAUCCAUCAUUAAUUCACCAAAAAAAAAAAAAAAAAAAAAAACACUCUCUUAUUAAUAAAGCUGCGUUUUGCCAAUUUUCUUCACGAUAAGAAAUGCAUAGUGACAUAUUAUGAUUCAAUAAGUUGCCAUCGCGUUAUAAUCUAGCUGCAUUAAGCACGCGCACUCGAGGGAUGAGCGUCCCCGCAACAGAGUGUACCUCAGCCGGGUGCAGUUUCAAUCUCCCCCCCUUAGAUCGCGACACUUUGCACAACUCAUAGAAGAGGUGCUGACCGCACAGAGAAAUGCCAGUUUCCUUAUUAUUUUAACUUUAAUAAAGCUAUAACGCAUUAAAUAGAACUGCAUUAAAGAUGUAACGCCGGGGUGUUUCCUUUUAAGACGCUCGACAAGUAAGUUUUGCUUAAGCUGAGCGUCAGCUCCGGCUCUGCUUAUUCCACAACAAGAGUGCUUCUGUAUUUACUUAUUUUGUAUUUUUGCAUUAUAAUUCCCUCAUACUUUGCGAUCGACAUCACCUGAAGCUGUUUGGAAAGUUUAGAGUGCGUCUGGACUGUGAGAUGUGUUUUCUUCCUCUCCUCAGUCAGGCGCGAGCUGCAGUGCUGCUCUUGUGUGCAAUCAUUAGAGUUUCAUAUGAUCUUAUGUUACGUUAAGAUCAAUCGACUAGUCGACAACGAACAUGUUUUUAUUGUCGACGUUGUCGAUAACGUCGACUAAUCGUUUCAGCCCUACUACAGAGCUUCAAAAUGUUUCUAAAAUCUUAAUUUGCGUUCUGCUGACAGCCAGUUAUAAGCAUCUUGGGUGGCAUCGGGGUAAGUGAAUAAUGAGAACAUUUUCAUUUUUGGGUGAACUAUUCCUUUAACUGCACAAAUGCCUAGCCACAUGCGAUUUUUACCAUGGGGGCCCAUGUUAAAAAGCUGUGUAGUUUAUAGUGCGUUGGCUACAUACCUGUCUUUCUGCAUUAUUUGUUGGUACACAUUGGCUGUCAUGCCAGUCACCUUGGUAAUCAAUGUUAUACGUUAUUCAUAAGAUAAGUUUUGUGAUCCCUCCUCUCACAAAUUGCAAAUAUGAGAGUGAGAUGUUUUAAUAGCGAUUUACACUUCAGUAGCAAAAAUGCAGUUAAAAUUGUAUUAAACGUUUUGGUUAAAAAUUGUCCAAAGCCAUGAAAAACAUCAGAUCUCAUAUGUGUUUGAAAACAUUGCUCGAAUCACAGUAAAAAGAAAUGAAGGCAUUUUUAUGAUUUGUUAAAUGUUCCACUGAGACUAACUGCUGUUUGAAUGGCAGACUUGCUUCUAUUAAUAUCAGUAAGUUUUCCAUAAUGUGCCCAACUUGGGUGUAUUUUCUUGAGUAAUCAUUUGCUAUCAUCUUGACUGUGUCUGA